UAAUUUAUCAAUAUAGUACAAUAAUAAACAUGAAUCUGUAGCUGACAGUAUCUUAUCAAUAGAUGAGUAAUGAAGCUUCAAGUUUCAUGACCUUCCCCAGAUAAAAUUGCAUUUAUUCAAUUAUGUGGUUCAGUUAACUCAGCUAAUCAAAUGCUUGUUCUAACUAUUGCUGAUUUUUCUGCAAAUUUUUACAGGGAGUAGAUUAUUUCAGUAUAGUUGACUCAUAAAAAUAAUGAAUAAUGAUGAGUAUCUGACAACACUGGAACAGGCUGAAUCUUAUAACAAGUUUCGGCCGUCACCUCCACCUAAAUUGAUUGCCAGGAUUAUAGAAUUUCUCAAAGAGAAGGUGCCAACCGAAACAGCCAUAGACGUAGGCUGUGGUUCUGGACAAAGCACAAAUCAUUUUGCUCCAUAUUUCAAACGCGUCAUCGGUAUUGACAACUGUCAAAUGCAGAUUAUGUUGGCCAGCAACACAAAUUCUCAUCACAAUAUUCAAUACAAAUUGGGAGAAUAUAACAGACUGGAAGAGCCGAAUGAAUCGGUGCAAUUAGUGUGCGCAUGUCAGUCAGCGCAUUUCUUCGAUAUGAAGACAUUUUACAAGGAAGUGGAACGAGUGUUAGUGCCUGAUGGCGUAUUGGCCAUUUGCGGAUAUUCUUUACCAAUACCUUUCUCACAUGGAAUAAUGUUGGGAAAUAUUGUACAAGAGGCUUUUGACACAAUGAGUUCCUUCAUUUGCAAUCAGCAGAGUCAUGUUUACAUUCACCGAUACACUAAUGAUGACUUUCAAAACUUCCCUUUUAGCAGAAAGGAAUUGAUAAGGGAAUAUUUCGAAAAGGUUGAAGAAACGGCAACGGUGCAAAAUCUAAUUGGCUUUGUCAAGUCUUGGUCGGCUUACAAAAAUUUCCAAAAAAGUAAAGGUGUCGAGGCUGCUGAAGAUGUCAUACGCAUUUUCCAAAAUAAGAUUCUGUUAGCAUUGAAUAAAGCAGACGAAGACCCGGCAGAUGUUGAAAUUUCAAUAAAGUUUCCCUUCAUCUUGCUCAUGGGGAGAAAGUCAUAUAAGUAACUAACAUCUUAUUUAUUUAUUUAUUCUUAUGGCUUUUAUCGGCAGAGAGAUCCUUUCGGAUGUUCUGUCUUGCCGUAUUACCCAAUGUCAUUUCCUAUUAACACUCAAGUUUAUAGGUCAUAUAUUGGGUUCUUCAUGUGUUCUCACUAAAAAUUUGCACUCCCACUUCCUGAGUUUCUAUUUUAUAAAGUUUUAAAUAAAGGAAACUUGAUUAAGAAACACAAAAUCACAUUUAAAAAGCAAACAAAUAUAAAAAUGUUGAUGAUAAUAUUGAACUGAAAAUUUCACAAUACAAUUUUUUCCAUGAUACUAACAUCUCGCUAUGUUAUCUUGAGACUACUCAACUUUAUUUUCUUGCAAUGUAGUCAUACACGAGCUUGAAGUUCAGUUGUGACAAGGUGCGGCAAGCAGAACCAAUUAAACUUUGCUUCCAUUGUCACAUCAACUGUGGCAGAGUUAUCAUCUUGCCAGUGGUCAAUUUUUCUCAAAUAUAUUUGAGUUAUAA